UGCCUUUGCCUCCCAAAGUUCUGGGAUUACAGGCAUAAGCUGCUGUGCCUGGCCUAAGUUUUUUUUGAUAAAGGGAAAAUACAGCGAUCUGUUAUAUGCUGGAAUCAAAAUUUUUCUACUAGAUGAACUUUUGGGGGAAAUUUAGUAUUCUGUUCUAAAUUAAAUGCCUUUUUCAAGUAAUUACUGCUAAUGAACUCUUGUUUUUUCAUGUUUAGGGUGGUCGAUGCAGAGUAGUGCAUAUAAGGGGCUAAAAUCAGACUUUGACACAUGUGGGUUCUUGCAUCUCUGUAUUUUCUCACAACUAUUUCAGUGAUCCUUAAUGAGUGGCAUCUUGGCAUAGUGAACUUUAAUGUGGGACCAGAGUUCACAAACUGUUACCUUAGGCCAGUUAAUCUUUCUGACCUUUACUUUCCCUGUUGGUGAAAUGGAAGUAACACUACCUACUUAUAGGGCUGUUAGGAAGUCAAAUGUGUCAACGUCUAUAAAAUGCCUCAGCUGAGUGAUUGGCGCAUAGAUAGUAAGUGUUCCACAAAUGUGCAUUUCCCUAUAGUUUCACUGAUCAUUUUGGUGCAAUAUUAUAUUCUUUAUAAAGUCUUGUGUAUUUUGGCCUUUUUUUUUUUUUUUUAAGACUGUGUUUUCUAGGGUUUUGAGGGGAGUGAUAAAUGUUCUGGGUUUUUAGGAUUUCACUUGAAAUCCUCCUAUAUAAUUGCUUUUUCUCUGUAAUGCCACUUGAUCAUCUUAUUGGAAAUAAGAGAUUUUUUUUGCUUGUGUGUUAGGCAUCAAAACCAUGAUACUUCUAUUUUCCCUUUGGCUCCUUUGGCUAUUAUAAUUCUAGAAAAUUAUUUCUAAAAUUACUAUGUGGGAAACGUACUUUCUUCUGUCACUUCUUUAAUUAGUUAGUGUAAAUGAGCAAAAGUUUAUAAGGGAAUGUUAGUUAACAGUGUAUAAAUUUUAGAUAAUGACAUAAGUUUAAUUUAUGGAAUCUAAUUUUAGAUCUAGUUUUUCUUGAUUUCUAUUUUGUAUCUUUUUUGUGGUUGCUUAUUUUUAAUGGGCACCUUCUGAGCUAUCUUUUUAGAUCCCAGUGUGCACUGUAUUUUAUCUUCUCGUAUGGGCUAAAUUUUUUAAAUUGUGAAAUAUGUGAGAAUUUGUGUAACAUAUGUAAAAUGAAGUAAUAAAAAACAACUUGGUAUUUUCUCCCAGCUUAAGAAGUGAGAUAGUACUUAACUAGUACUUUUGAAGCUCUUUGUAUCAUACUGAUUUUUUUUUUUUCAUUUGCUACUUGUAAUACUUCCUACUACUUUAGUUAUUUUGAAAUUAGAUACAAUUUUUAGUUUGGUGUCAUUACAAAACAUUGUCACAUUGGAGAACAUAUUGCACCUGCCAUUUAGUUUGUUAGCUCCUGGGUUAAUCUGAACUUGCCUGUCAUGCUGAUGCAUUCAUUUCAGUCCCAGUCUUACAUUCUGGAUCUCUGUUGAUUAGUGUUUUUUGUUUUUUUGUUUUCUGUUUUUGAGACAGAUUUCCCUCUUGUUGCCCAGGCUGGAGUUCUAUGGCGCGAUCUCCGUUCACUGCAACCUCUGCCUCCUGAGUUCAAGCGAUUCUCCUGCCUCAGCUCCCCCGAGUAGCUGGGAUUACAGGGCGCCCAGCUAAUUUUUUUUUGUAUUUUUAGUAGAGAUAGGAUUUCUCCAUGUUGAUCAGGCUGGUCUCGAACUCCCGACCUUAGUUGAUACGCCCACCUCGGCCUCCCAAAGUGCUGGGAUUACAGGCAUUAGCCACUGCACUCGACCUUGUAUUUCUUAUUUUAUUUUUUACAAAUCUUAGUGUAUCAGUACUUUUAAUUAGGUGGCUUGAUUCCCCCCCCCACCCCUGCCUUAGGAAUACAAACACAAGAGACUAAGCUGAGUACCUACCUGAGUAUACCACGUGUUUAACAGCCUGUGGAAAUUGUCCUGUCCCUGAAGAUACGCUGUAGAUUAAUUUUAUGCAGUGAUUUUAAGACAACUAAAAAAGUGCUUUGUGAGUUUAACUUCUAAAAUCCGUGUAAGCUCAUUUUCUGGAUUGUUCAUAGACCAUCACGUUGCCUUUGGCAAACUGAGCUGGAACAUACUGUAGAAGAUUUGAGAAUCAUGAGAGGUUCCUGUGGUAAAGAGAGAUGUUUGUCACUAGCAUUUGAUUGUUACUCCAUAGUUUGAAUGGCUCCAUUUGUGGGGGAAAUGAUGAAAAAUAUACUCUGUAUUUUUCUCAAAAAAAAAAAAAAAAAAAAAAAAGAAAAUAUGGCUGUCUAGAUUUUUAAGCUUCUUUAGGAAGAAAAUCAUAUCUGUAGCUUAUCUGCAAAGCACAUUUGGUGUGUGGAAUUAUAAAAACUCUGACCUCAAAUUAACAUUUUUGUUUUUGAAAAGUGACUAGCCUGAAGGAAGGAUAUAUGGAAUAAUCACUAAAGUCCUUAUUUAAAGUAAUCCAAGGUCAAGAUUUCUGGAGUUUAUUGUUACUUAGCAUAUGAUGGUUUGGUUACUAUAUAAGUCAGCAGCAAAUUAUGUAACUCAGAGAGAUACUUUACGUGGCCUUUCAAAUGAGUAAAGAUUAAUGGAUAAUGUUUCAAAAAGGUGUCAGAAUUUUGACGUGUAUUUCUUACCUUUAGAUUUUUAAAAUGGUAAUGAAAUAAUCUAAUCUCUAACAAUUUUUAACAAAGAAUACUGAUACCUUAAUUGAUUCUACUUUCUUAUAAAUAACUUUCGUACCGGUGAUACCUACUUCUAUUGAAAUUGGCGAGGUGUAAGUAGCGUUGUAACAUUUUCUAGGUGAAGAAUAUGAUGUUGAGCCUAAAGGAUUUGGUUAUAUAGUUCAUAACUAGAGACUGAAUUUAUAUUUUCUUUCCCCAUAGUUCAAGUCUUAAUUUUAAAGACUGAUCAUUUUAGGGGAAAAAUUAUUAGAAAAUGAUGUCCUUUGAGUAAAGAUAAUCUUGAUUCAAUUAUUGUUUUUACAAAUAAAACUAUUCUGAUGCAGCAGUCUAGUGUUCAUUCGUCCAUCUAGUCAUACACCCCCACAGUAUGCUAUCAGCUGGUUGUAGGUCUAGUGUUUAAUGUAAUACCGUAACAGGCAUUUGAAUUGGAAUGGUAGUUCUUCAGGAAUAGAAUCUGGAAUACAGGUAAAGAUUUCAGACACAAUUCCUAAUUUAAAAAUAACUCACAGUGUCUCUGAGGUUAUUUUCCAGUGAAGUGUUUAGUAUUGCUGCUAUUUGGAGUACAAAGUUGGAGCUUUUAAAGAACUUGGGAGUUCAAAAGUAUAAGAAGAAAUAAAUGAAAAGCAGAAAUAUUUUGAGGCAAUAAGUAUAGACUCAAAUCUAUAUUAUGACCACUUGGAAUUCUACCAAUAAGAGAUUUAUUUGGGCAAACUAUAAUGGUUGUUGGAAAUUGCAAAUCUUAGUGUGAAUUAUUUUAGUCCAGUUGGUUUCUUUCUUUUACUUACCUGAAAUGAACUAUACUGAGGCAAUAGGAGCUUUGUAUAGUAAUUUAGGAGUGUAAAACAACUUAGGGAAAAGGAUUAUUAAGCAGGAUGAUUUGGAUGACAUCAUGUGAAAUUUAGGAAUUGGAGGCAUUGGAAUUGAGAGAGUACUAACAAAGGAAAACCGCUUAUUUUAGAAUUUGUCUGGAGGGUGUAGAGUUGAAGAAAGUUUUGGUAUUUCUUCUGCAGCGGCCCCAGUGCUCUUGACCAGGAACAUCUCUUGGAGUCAGUAGUUUUCAUGAGGCUGGCAUAGGAGCUUGGCCAAUGUAUGCAACAUUGUUCUAUUUAGAAUAUUCCCUGAAUUAAUUCCAUAGUGUCAAAACAUAAAUUUUUCACUCAACUCCUUUGUAAGUUAGAUUUUAACUUGUACUUGUCUUUACCUCUUCCGCUGAUAUCAGUUGACAACACUGAGAUUACUUUCAUUUUCCUGUAAGUCGUCAUGAAUUUUUCUGGUCAACCAUGAGUUAUCAGCAGAAGCAGUAAGUAGGAUGUACUGUAAAAGAAUUACAAUAAAAUAAGAGAAACCACUUGGAGAGCAAGAGGGCUUGUGGACUUAGGGGAACAGUUAUGAGAAGUGUCUCAGAAUUUAAUUUACAAAUAACGUUGAUAGAUUGACAUGUUGUCUUUCCCAUGAAGUAACUUUCAUUACCUCGGCCUUAAUAGUAAACUACUAUGAAAGUGAAUUCACGUCUAUCUUGAUUUGUGAGCUGAUGAAAAUUACAAAAUGUAGGGUUUUUUCCCCAGAUAAAUAGUGGAAUGUUCAGGUUUGAUGCCUGGAAAAUAGCUGAAAUUUUCCAUGGUAGUAGGCAUAUUUUGAAACUGUUUUUCUUUUCUCUGACAAUUGAAUAUAUUUUAUAUAUAGUUGAUUUUGAUUAUUGAAGACUAAGGAAAAUUGAUUUUAAGUAAGUUUAAAUGUUAGAAAAUGAAUUUUGCAAAUUUGAAGUAAUUUUAUAUGUUUUGGGAUUGUAGUUAUGUUAGAUAUUCCUCAGUUGGGGUAAUUGUCUUGCAUCAUUAUCUCUUAUCAUCAUCUGUUUUUCUUCACACAGUGUUAUAGUUUUGCCGCUGGACUCUUCCCUCCCUUCCCCCACCCCAUCAGGAUGAUAUGAGACUUGAAAGAAGACGAUGCAUACAGGAGGAGAGACUUCAGCAUGCAAACCUUCAUCUGUUCGGCUUGCACCGUCAUUUUCAUUCCAUGCUGCUGGCCUUCAGAUGGCUGGACAGAUGCCCCAUUCACACCCGUACAGUGACCGUCGCCAGCCAAGCAUAAGUGACCAGCAGGUUUCUGCCUUAGCGUAUUCUGACCAGAUUCAACAACCUCUAACCAACCAGAGGCGGAUGCCCCAAACCUUCCGUGACCCAGCAACUGCUCCCCUGAGAAAACUUUCUGUUGACUUGAUCAAAACAUACAAGCAUAUUAAUGAGGUUUACUAUGCAAAAAAGAAGCGAAGACACCAACAGGGUCAGGGAGACGAUUCUAGUCAUAAGAAGGAACGGAAGGUUUACAAUGAUGGUUAUGAUGAUGAUAACUAUGAUUAUAUUGUAAAAAACGGAGAAAAGUGGAUGGAUCGUUACGAAAUCGACUCCUUGAUAGGCAAAGGUUCCUUUGGACAGGUUGUAAAGGCAUAUGAUCGUGUGGAGCAAGAAUGGGUUGCCAUUAAAAUAAUAAAGAACAAGAAGGCUUUUCUGAAUCAAGCACAGAUAGAAGUGCGACUUCUUGAGCUCAUGAACAAACAUGACACUGAAAUGAAAUACUACAUAGUGCAUUUGAAACGUCACUUUAUGUUUCGAAACCAUCUCUGUUUAGUUUUUGAAAUGCUCUCCUACAAUCUCUAUGACUUGCUGAGAAACACCAAUUUCCGAGGGGUCUCUUUGAACCUCACACGAAAGUUUGCACAACAGAUGUGCACUGCACUGCUUUUCCUUGCGACUCCAGAACUUAGUAUCAUUCACUGUGAUCUAAAACCUGAAAAUAUCCUUCUUUGUAACCCCAAACGCAGUGCAAUCAAGAUUGUUGACUUUGGCAGUUCUUGUCAGUUGGGGCAGAGGAUAUACCAGUAUAUUCAGAGUCGCUUUUAUCGGUCUCCGGAGGUGCUACUGGGAAUGCCUUAUGACCUUGCCAUUGAUAUGUGGUCCCUCGGGUGUAUUUUGGUUGAAAUGCACACUGGAGAACCUCUGUUCAGUGGUGCCAAUGAGGUAGAUCAGAUGAAUAAAAUAGUGGAAGUUCUGGGUAUUCCACCUGCUCAUAUUCUUGACCAAGCACCAAAAGCAAGAAAGUUCUUUGAGAAGUUGCCAGAUGGCACUUGGAACUUAAAGAAGACCAAAGAUGGAAAACGGGAGUACAAACCACCAGGAACCCGUAAACUUCAUAACAUUCUUGGAGUAGAAACAGGAGGACCUGGUGGGCGACGUGCUGGGGAGUCAGGUCAUACGGUCGCUGACUACUUGAAGUUCAAAGACCUCAUUUUAAGGAUGCUUGAUUAUGACCCCAAAACUCGAAUUCAACCUUAUUAUGCUCUGCAGCACAGUUUCUUCAAGAAAACAGCUGAUGAAGGUACAAAUACAAGUAAUAGUGUGUCUACAAGCCCCGCCAUGGAGCAAUCUCAGUCUUCGGGCACCACCUCCAGUACAUCAUCAAGCUCAGGUGGCUCAUCGGGGACAAGCAACAGUGGGAGAGCCCGGUCGGAUCCGACGCACCAGCAUCGGCACAGUGGCGGGCACUUCACAGCUGCCGUGCAGGCCAUGGACUGCGAGACACACAGUCCCCAGGUGCGUCAGCAAUUUCCUGCUCCUCUUGGUUGGUCAGGCACUGAAGCUCCUACACAGGUCACUGUUGAAACUCAUCCUGUUCAAGAAACAACCUUUCAUGUAGCCCCUCAACAGAAUGCAUUGCAUCAUCACCAUGGUAACAGUUCCCAUCACCAUCACCACCACCACCACCAUCACCACCACCAUGGACAACAAGCCUUGGGUAACCGGACCAGGCCAAGGGUCUACAAUUCUCCAACGAAUAGCUCCUCUACCCAAGAUUCUAUGGAGGUUGGCCACAGUCACCACUCCAUGACAUCCCUGUCUUCCUCAACGACUUCUUCCUCGACAUCUUCCUCCUCUACUGGUAAUCAAGGCAAUCAGGCCUACCAGAAUCGCCCAGUGGCUGCUAAUACCUUGGACUUUGGACAGAAUGGAGCUAUGGACGUUAAUUUGACCGUCUACUCCAAUCCCCGCCAAGAGACUGGCAUAGCUGGACAUCCAACUUACCAAUUUUCUGCUAAUACAGGUCCUGCACAUUACAUGACUGAAGGACAUCUGACAAUGAGGCAAGGGGCUGAUAGAGAAGAGUCCCCGAUGACAGGAGUUUGUGUGCAACAGAGUCCUGUAGCUAGCUCGUGACUACAUUGAAACUUGAGUUUGUUUCUUGUGUGUUUUUAUAGAAGUGGUGUUUUUUUUCCAAAAACAAAGUGCAAAGCUGCUUGAAUCAGAAGGAGAUUAACACACUGAACCGCUACAAGAGGGCAAAGCUGACUUUUUUUUUUUUUUAACUUGAAAAGAUUGCAAAGGGACAUUGAAGUGUUUAAAAGAGCCAUGUCCAAACCCAUCUUCAUGGAUAGCUCAGAGGUACCCUCUUUUUGCUCCCCCAUUUUAACUUGCCACAUCCCAGUCAUAGUGGGUUUUUUUGGUCUUUCUAUUCAGCAAAAAUAUUCAGAUGUUGGUCUUGGUCAUUUGCCAACUAAUUUUAAAAUAAAAGGCACUGCACAUAAUUUGCAUAAAGGGCCCAUGAGGGUGUUUUUUUUUCUUUUUGUCCCCCCCACUAUUUUUUUGUUCUGUUUUGUUUUGGGUGGGAGGGUGGGAAAUUUGGGUUUUUAAGUCCUCUAAACACACUUGGGCACGGAAAUGCAGUACUGUAAGGAAGAGGGACCUCCAGCUUCCACAAACACCAUCUUCAGCUGUAUGAAAGGGACGGUUGUGUUGAAGUUUGUCAGGCACAGUAAGCAUGCUGAGUGGCGGGGAUCAGAACUCUCCUAUCUGAACCUACUGAGGAUCAAAGCAGCAAUUACAUGGGAUCCUGUGGCUCUCCUGUUGUAGAGGCCACAGGAAGAUAGGAUGGAACGUGACUGGUCUCCUAACCAAGGUGCACUGAGAAGCAAUCAACGGGUCAGUCGUGGCCAGUCCUGGGGAGGUCUGAGUGGUGGUCUUUGGGAUAACCUUUGGCCUUAUGGAUUUGGACUCGAAAUUAGAAGAGCCUACCAUUUCAGAUGCAAUCACUUUUGGACAUGCUUUUGCAGACAGUCCUUAAUGCUGAAAACACAGAGAAUGGGUAAUUCAAGAGGCCUUUUAAAAUAGACAUUUGUGACCCACUAAUUGUAAGGUAUUGCAAGGUCACUUUGCGUGUGUCAUAAAGUUGACUUCCUUAUUGGUUGAAGGUCACAGAAGUAGUGGUUUGCUUUGAUGGAAAUAGCUACAGCUGUGUCCCUUCCUGCUUUUUACUUUUUCUUUUGCUUUUUCUCGGCACGUGGUAUCUCCACCAUUUCUUCUGCACAAAGAUGUCUUCUGUUCAUCCUGAACAUUUUUAAAAAAUGCAGAAUUUUAUGUGACUGCUUUUUUGCCUCACAAUUAUGCUGUGAAUUUUACAAAAAUUUAUUUUCUUUUUUGAUAAUUUAUUGUACCAAAGCUGUUUUUAUAGCACAUAGAUGUCUGUAACCAAUAAUGUAGCAGUUCUGCACUUUGACACAAGGUGUAACUAGACCAUUUUUAAAUGUCAGUUGAAAAUUAUGGCUGUACUAUUGCUUAAACAAAACUGGAACUGUUGUUGAAUCCAUAGCCAAUACAUUUACAGCAAUCUGUGUACUGAACAUAAUAGAUUGACAUCUAAUUCAAGAUUACAACAUCUGUUACAUUCUAAGUGUGUUCAGGCUUCUGAAGGUAAAGGGACACUGGAUCCAGAAGCUAUGGAACCAGCAGUUGAUUCUUGUAUUCCUGAUUAACCUACUUGUAAACUUGAAAGCAAGACCUUGAUUGCACCAACAGGUCCAGAGUAUGAGCGCAAGUAAAGCAGAACUCUCGUGCGUGACCUGAGCAGACAGGCUGGUAUUAUUAACAGGUGCCUCGUGUUGAGAUUACGCUGCCUUAAUGUAACACAGUCUGGCAGUUGCUAAAUUUGUGUUCCCAUUUUAAAUUGACCAAUUUUGGGGUGUGACACUUUUGAGCGGUUGAAUUGGGAGAAUGAAGUAAUUUACCUGUCCAGGAUCAAAAGAAGCCUAGAAAAGAAGCAGUAAUCUACCUCUGCCGCUAACCUGUUUAAGACGACUCAGCAGAACACCGCCUUUCAUUCUAUUGGGCAAUUCCAUGUGGCUGACUAGGUCAAUUUUUUUUCUGAACAAAAGCAGGUUUUUAUAUGUAAACAGUGACAAAAGAAAGGCUAAACACUAUGUAAAUGUGAAUGGAAACUUGGAAAUAUUCGUUUUUAUAAACUACAGAAAUUUUUUGUUGUUUAUCAGGAAAUCCAUAUUUAUUUUGUAAUUAACUGUCAAGCCUGUGGAUGAUUUUUUUGAACUUGGUAGUUCUUAAAGGUUUACAGUGAAUAAAAGGAUAUCAUCUUGAGUAUAGCAAUAUCAAAAGGAAUUCAGUAGUUACUGCUGUUUAGGAAUAUAAGGUUAAGAUAUCAUAUGGGUCAGGUCAUUUUUUUUCUGUGCUGGUUGCCACAUCUUAGCAAGCACCAAAAAACUAAAGCAGUUUUUAAACCGAUAUUUACAUAAAGAAAAUCAUAAAAUCCAAUGCUUCUGCAUACUGUGUUAUGUUACAGUCCAGUUUUGUGUGCUUUACUACACAGUUUGGUUACAGGACUUCUGUGCAUUGUAAACAUAAACAGCAUGGAAAAGGUUAAAUACCUGUGUUCAGAUUGUAAGAUCUAGUCCGGACUUGCUGUGUAUAUUGUAACGUUAAAUGAAAAAAGAACCCCCCUUUGUAUUAUAGUCAUGCGGUCUUAUGUAUGAUAAACAGUUGAAUAAUUUGUCCUCAGA